AUGAAGAUUGAGCUCCCAUCGAUUGCCUCCACUCUAUUUCGGUUAUCUGCAAUUCAUGUCUUCUUUCUCUUGUUGUGUUCAGAAGGUCCCAUCACCACCAAUGCUACCCCCUUAGGAAAUGAGACGGAUAGACUGGCCUUGUUUCAGUUCAAGAAUGCGAUAACUAACGAUCCUUUGGGAGCUCUAAGUUCCUGGAACGAGUCUCUCCAUUUUUGUGAGUGGCAAGGGAUCACAUGUGGUCGCCGGCAUCAACGAGUUACUGUAUUGAAUUUACAGGGACAGAGCUUGGUGGGAACUGUAUCUCCUUGUAUAAGGAACCUCACAUUUCUUCGCUCCAUUGAACUCGGAGAUAAUAGCUUCCAUGGUGCAAUCCCCCAAGAAGUGGGUCGUUUGCUCCGUCUACGGUAUAUCAACCUUUCCGAUGCCAAUUUUGAAAGAGAAAUUCCAAGAAAUCUGACCAACUGCUACAAUCUCAAAGUGCUUGACUUAUCAAGAAACAACCUUACCGGAAAAGUCCCCUUCGAGUUGGAUUCUUUGUCCAAGCUUUCUGCAGUGAUUCUUAGUGCAAAUUACUUGACUGGAAAAAUUCCACCUUCUUUUGGGAACCUGUCAUCGCUCCAAUCUCUUCGUCUAGUGGAUAAUAGCAUGGAGGGAAGCAUUCCAAAGGAUCUCGGCCGAUUGACAAGAUUAUCAAAUCUCUAUGUUGGUGCAAAUGAGUUGUCUGGUAUGUUCCCUAACUGGAUUUACAACAUGUCAUCUAUUGCUUUCAUUAAUGUUGCACUUAAUCGAUUCUAUGGGAGAAUUCCACUGGAUGUAGGACUCACUAUGCCAAAACUAAAAGUACUUGGUUUCGAUGUAAACAAUUUCACUGGGCCUAUUCCAGUUUCUUUGUUCAAUAUUUCGGGACUCGAAAGACUUGAUCUUGGCCAAAACAGCUUUACUGGAUCAGUCCCUCUUAAAAUUGGUAGACUUCAAAAUCUUUGGUCUCUAUGUCUUGCGUACAAUCGGUUUGGAACAGGGCAAGCUCAUGAUCUAGCUUUUCUUACUGAACUCACCAACUGUAGUAAUCUAGAAAUAUUGCAACUACAGAACAAUAACUUUGGAUGUUCUUUGCCCAAAGCUAUAGCUAAUCUGUCAACCCAACUCACAAUACUAGCACUUGGACAGAACCAACUCUUUGGAAGCUUACCUUCAGGGAUCGAGAACCUCAUGAACUUGACUGGUUUAAGCAUGGAAGGAAAUUUACUUGGAGGUAGCAUUCCUACUGCUAUCGGAAUGCUCCAGAAACUAAAGGCGUUGUUCAUGGGUGGAAAUAGAUUCGCAGGAGAGAUCCCAUUGUCCCUAGGCAAUAUCACUUCUUUGAAUCUACUUCACUUGGAAGUGAACUAUCUUACAGGUUGCAUUCCUUCUAGCCUUGGAAAUUGCCAAAAGUUACAAACAUUAACCCUUCAUCAUAACAAUCUUAAUGGCUCCAUACCAAGACAAGUUAUUGGUCUUUAUUCUCUAACGAGGAUCCUCGACUUGUCUUACAAUUCUCUUUCUGGUUCUCUACCAUUGGAAGUAGGAAAAAUGAAAAAUAUUGGAAUACUUGACCUCUCUGAAAACAAUUUAUCUCGUGAAAUUCCUGUAACAAUUGGUGAUUGUUCUAAUUUGGAGAACCUUUAUUUGGAGGGUAACUCCUUCAAUGGCACCAUUCCUGAAUCUUUGGGCCUGUUGAAGGCUAUUCAAGGUCUAGAUCUUUCACGCAACAAUUUAUCAGGGCAGAUUCCAAAGAUUUUUGAAAACCUUCAUCUCUUAAGUAAUUUCAAUCUGUCUUUCAAUAGUCUUGUGGGUGAGGUACCAACAAAAGGAGCUUUUGCAAAUGCAAGUGCAAUUUCAGUGGUUGGAAAUUAUAAGCUUUGUGGGGAAAUCCCUGAACUACAGUUGCCGAGCUGCUCAUUAGCUUCCACAAGAGGAGGAAAAUCAACUAUUUCCAGAGUAAUAAUUGCAGUAGCUGUUGGGGUUCUAUGCCUUUUCUUGUUAUUGAUAUUUCUUGUUCUAUACUGGAAGGGAAAUUCCAAACGGAAAUCUUUGAAUAUGCCACCAAUGGGCGAUCAACAUUUAAUGGUUUCUUACAAAGAACUACUUCAAGCUACAGGUGGAUUCUCUGAAUCUAGUUUUCUUGGCUCUGGUAGUUUUGGUUCUGUGUAUAAAGGAAAUCUGAAUCAAGGAAUAACUGUUGCAGUAAAGGUAUUCAACCUUCAACAACCUAGAGCUUCCAAAAGCUUCAUGGCAGAAUGCAAUGCAUUGAAGAACAUCCGGCAUAGGAAUCUUGUGAGGAUCUUAACCUCUUGUUCAAGUUUGGACUUCAAAGGCAAUGAUUUCAAAGCCUUAGUUUAUGAGUUUAUGGCCAAUGGGAGUUUAGAGGAUUGGUUACAUCCAGACAUGGAUGCACAUAAUGAGCAGAGAAAUUUGAACAUUCUUCAGAGAAUAAAUAUUGCAAUUGAUGUGGCAUCUGCAUUGGAUUAUCUUCACAAUCACUGUCAUACACCAAUUAUUCACUGUGAUUUAAAACCAAGCAAUGUUCUUCUUGACAAUGAUUUUACUGCCCAUGUAAGCGAUUUUGGUCUAGCAAAGCUACUUUUAGAAGACCCAAAUUAUCCCUCUCACAGCCAGGCCAGUUCAUUUGUUUUGAAAGGGACUAUUGGCUAUACUCCUCCAGAGAUAUUCACAGGAAAGAAACCAACAGAUGAAAUGUUCAAAGAUGAUUUGAACCUCCAAAAAUUUGCAAAAAUGGCUUUGCCUGUAGAAGCGAUAAGGAUCUUUGACCCAAUACUCCUACAAAACCAAGGAGUAGAAGAAAUAGAAAAUGGAGGUAUCACAAACUUUGGAAAUUGUAGUAUGGCAAUUGAUCGGAGUCCAGUGCUCUGUGCGGUGACUUGCAGCUUAGGAUCUGCACGUUUGGCUGAACGUUCCGAGAAAUGUCCUAGAGAACGAAUGGAUAUAAGUGAGGCUGCUAAGGAAUUAAUUCGGAUUAGAGACAUCUUUCAUGGAAUUAGGGUUCAUCAACAUCAAGUGGUGUCAAGGAUAUCUCAGUUAGAAGGUGCGUAUAUAGCUCUAACCAUGCCAAAGUUUCGUGAUCUGAGUGCCCCUUUUAUGAUCAAUCGAUUUCCCAUCUUUUAA